CACGUGCACAUUGUUUGUCUUUCGCCGCCGUCUGACAGCAUUCUCUCUGGCAAAAGUCGUGCCUUGUGCAUGAAUCUGCUAGAUCGACAUGGGCGAGUCGUGAGGGGUAACCUGGAUUGGGUAUUUAUAAAACCGUAAGCCACCUCGGUUGCGACGUCACUGGACAUAUUUGCUGGCGAAGUGGGUGAAGCGUUGGUGCUUUAUGCGUUUGCGUAGACAAGCUCGAGUGUGGAGUAACGUUGGGUCAGUUGCUGGGGAUCGACAGUGAUUGAUUGCAGGUUGAGUUGGUCUCAGAGGGUUUGAUCAACAUGGGACAAGUUUUCGGAGCUCUGACUUCGUGGAUGGUGCUCCCAGAUCUUCGACCCACGUACAGACAGAUGAGCUUCGUUCACGAAACCAUGUUUCUCGUAGUGCACUUCUCCGACCGCUUCUGGAGAUGGUACAACACCCCUGUUGUGUUCGGUCUGUUGUACCUGGAACUUCGACGAACUAUUCAGCAGAACUACAACCUCAUAGCUGUCGGAAAUGCGAAGGAUCGCAAUCUCCAGGUUCCAACUCCAAGUCGAAUGGCGGUUGUCAAUUAUAUUGAUCAACCAGGAAGCAGUAGCCACACCACAUUUGAUGAGGAAGAUUAUGCUGGCUUCUUUGGGCGCAACAUGGGGCCUCAAAAGAGCGAGCUGGUCAACCCCCAUCCAUCUGUUGUGGCCGCGAAGUUGCUAUCUAGGACGGAAUUGAAAGAUUACGGAAAACAAUUUAACAUGAUAGCUGCUUCAUGGAUCAACUUCAUGAUUCACGACUGGGUUGAUCACCUAGAGGAAUUGAGCAAGGAAGUCGAGAUUACGGCUCCACCCUCUGUUUCGGCGCAGUGUCCUUUGAAGAAUUUCAUGUUUUACCCUACGAAGGAGGUUCCUGCAGGCAACAACGUGACCGGUCACAUCAACACUCGAACACCUUGGUGGGACGCAAGUGUAAUCUACGGAAGCACUAAAGAAGCCGAGCGUAAUGUUCGAACAUUCCGAGACGGCAAGCUCAAGGUCCGACCAGAUGGUUGGCUAAUGACCGACGAGGACAACCUCCCGGUCACUGGCGACAUCCGCAACCUCUGGGUCGGAGUGGCGAUGCUCCAAUCUCUGUUUAUUGCAGAGCACAACAUGGUCUGCGAUACAAUCAAGAAAGCGCAUCCAGACUUCAAUGACGAGGAGCUCUUCCAGCACGCCAGGGUUGUGACUGCUGCGGUACUCGCGAAGAUCCACACUAUUGACUGGACGCCGCAGCUGCUGAAGAACAAUGUCUUGCUCGCAGCAAUGCGUGCCAACUGGUAUGGAUUGUUGGGAAAGAGAUUCAAGGAUACGUUCGGCACUACUCCUAUCUCGCUCUUGAGUGGGUUGGUCGGCAUGAAGAAACCAGUGGAUCAUGGUGUGCCCUACUCACUCACAGAGGAGUUUACAGCAGUGUACCGGUUACAUCCUUUGCUGCCUGAGAAGAUUGACAUUAAGAACAUUACGGCAACUGCGAGCAGUAGCCUACACACACCACCAACCGUAGACGAGAUUGCUGUGCCUGAGCUGCUUGGAAACAAGGGGAACGACAAGGCACUGAAACUUGGGUUGAAGACGCUUCUCACAUCUCUAGGACAUCAAUCCGCAGGAGCUUUACAAUUGUUCAAUUACCCUCAAUGGAUGCGGGAAGUGACCUCUCAGAACAGGGACGGUACUGACCGGCCGGACAAGGUGGACAUGGCCAGCCUUGAGAUUUAUCGAGACCGGGAGCGCUCUGUGGCUCGCUACAACCAGUUCCGAAGGAACUUGGUGAUGCCCACCAUUGGGAAGUGGGAAGAUUUGACAGAAGACAAGCAAACGCUAGCAAUUCUUCGCGAGCUUUACGGCAACAAUGUGGAGAGCCUUGAUUUGCUAGUAGGGCUGCUGGUGGAGAAGAAACCCCCAGGGUUUGCCAUCAGCGAGACUGCCUUCGUCAUUUUUGUUCUCAUGGCCUCCAGGCGUUUGGAAGCGGAUCCGCUUUUUACUUCACACUUCAACGAAAAAGUGUAUACCGAGGAGGGAUUGAAGUGGGUGAACACCACGGAGGGCCUCAAGGAUGUGCUGCGUCGCCACCAUCCCGAGCUGGUGGGAGACUGGAUGACGGCAUCUUCGGCAUUCUCGCUAUGGAAUCAGACACCAGAGAAGCCGAGUUGGAUCCCUUUGUACCUCCGCUGGGGCGCGAACUCCCCUGCAGCGAGCUCCUGAAGACCUACGGCAGACUGCCAAAACGAAUAUGUCGUUGAUCUCAAGCCUGUAGAGAUAUAGAGGAAACAUAGUUGUCUUAAAUUUGUAUAUUGCCUAUUGUGCAUAUUGAAAACCCAGUUGUAAUUCUUCAUCAUGAAUUUCAUAUCCUUUCUAUGCAGUACUUUCAAGUGCUGUGCCCAUUGACUCA